AUGGCGAUGAACAGAAUUCGCGGCGCCUUUGCGGUGCCCAGAAAAGGAGAGACGUUCGAGUUGCGAGCCGGUCUUGUCUCACAGUACGCCUACGAGAGAAAGGAGGCGAUUCAGAAGACGAUCAUGGCCAUGACUCUAGGAAAGGAUGUAUCCGCUCUUUUCCCCGAUGUCCUCAAGAAUAUUGCGACCUCCGACUUGGAGCAGAAGAAGCUGGUAUACCUUUAUCUGAUGAAUUACGCCAAAUCACAUCCUGACCUCUGUAUCCUUGCCGUAAACACCUUCGUACAAGACUCCGAGGACCCAAAUCCGCUCAUUAGGGCACUCGCCAUCCGGACAAUGGGGUGUAUCCGAGUGGAUAAGAUGAUUGAUUAUAUGGAAGAGCCACUUCGAAAGACGCUGCGGGACGAGUCGCCGUACGUACGAAAGACCGCUGCUAUCUGUGUUGCCAAGCUAUUCGACUUGGGACCAGCCAUGUGCUUGGAGAAUGGAUUCCUUGAAAUGCUUCAAGAGAUGAUUGGCGACCCGAAUCCAAUGGUUGUGGCCAAUUCGGUAACGGCUCUUUCUGAGAUUCAUCAUGCUGCACCGGAGACUCAGGCCCUUCAAGUAACCCCAAACACUCUACGGAAGCUCCUGAUGGCGUUGAACGAGUGCACUGAGUGGGGCCGAGUCACAAUCCUCACGACACUGUCUGAGUACAGAACCAGCGCUGUAAACGAAGCAGAGCAGAUCUGCGAGCGAGUUGCACCCCAGUUCCAGCACGCAAACCCUAGUGUGGUUCUCGCUGCUGUCAAAACAGUCUUCUUGCAUAUGAAAAUAAUCAAUGCGGAGCUAUCGAAAAACUACCUCAAGAAGAUGGCCCCUCCGCUAGUGACCUUAGUAUCAUCUGCUCCCGAAGUGCAAUAUGUCGCCUUACGCAAUAUCGAUCUUUUGCUCCAAAAGCAGCCGGACAUCCUUAACAAAGAGCUCCGCGUUUUUUUCUGCAAGUACAACGACCCACCUUAUGUCAAGUUUCAAAAGCUCGAAAUCAUGGUGCGGAUAGCCAACGACCGAAACUUCGACCAGCUACUAGCAGAACUGAGGGAGUACGCCCUGGAGGUGGACAUGGAUUUCGUCCGCCGCGCGGUCAAGGCGAUUGGCCAGGUUGCAAUCAAGAUCGAAAGCGCUUGUGAGAAGUGUGUCAAUACUUUGCUCGAUCUGAUCAACACCAAGGUCAACUACGUGGUGCAGGAAGCCAUUGUGGUGAUCAAGGAUAUCUUCCGUAAAUACCCCGGCUACGAAGGAAUCAUUCCAACGCUUUGCAAGUGCAUCGAUGAAUUAGAUGAGCCGAAUGCCCGGGCCGCCCUCAUCUGGAUUGUUGGGGAGUAUGCUGAAAAAAUUAGCAAUGCAGGCGAUAUCUUGGCGGGAUUCGUCGAAGGUUUCAAUGAGGAAUUUUCUCAGGUUUGUUCAAUCCACAUCUUGCGCAAGCCGAGCAGUCAUAUUAACGGACAAUGGCAGACUCAGCUGCAAAUCCUGACUGCUGUCGUGAAGCUGUUCCUGAAACGCCCUGAUAAGGCUCAAGGGCUAGUGCAGAAAGUUCUUCAGGCGGCAACGGCGGAGAACGACAACCCCGAUGUCCGUGACCGAGCCUAUGUCUACUGGCGCUUAUUAUCAAAUACCAGUGACCCAGAUGCUGCUAGGAACAUUGUGCUCUCCAAAAAGCCUCCAAUUGUUACCACUAUCCAUUCCCUUCCUCCUGCUCUUCUCGAGCAACUUCUUACUGAGCUUUCCACAUUGGCUUCUGUUUACCACAUGCCUCCCGAGCAGUUCGUUGGCCAGGGCCGUUUUGGUGCGGACGCUGUUCAGAAGGCUGCCAUUGAGGAACAACUCCAGAAUGCGCGCGAAAACCCGCUGGCUGCUGCCGCGGCGGCGGCAGUUGAUGGCACGGCCGCUCCGCAGCAGCAGAACAAUGUGGAGAACCUUCUGGAUAUCGAUUUCGAUGGCACUGCGCCUGCAUCUGCUCACAAGGAACCAGGCGGUGGUGUGUCUGGUCUGGAUGGUUUAGCUGGCACCCCCGUCCGUGUUGACUCUCCUGCAGGUGGUGCACCUUCAGGGAGCAAUAACCUGGACGACCUCCUUGGCGUUUUUGGGGACAAUGUCCAGUCCUCUACAGGCGCACAUGCGCCUCCCACUGGUGGUGCGGGCGCUGACCUUCUCAAUGGCUUUUCUGGGUUGGAUCUUUCCGGCAACAUGUCUUCACCGCCACCUGCGUCACAGUCCAGCCAGCCGAAGAAAACUAAUGAGGACAUCUUAUCAUUGUUCUAAAGGGUGAAAAUUUGAGCGUUCUUGUUUUCCGGGGAUAGAAGCUCCUACUCUGGCUGAAACGGUGUCAGCAAGUACCUGGUUGGCCCAGAAUCCUUCGUUAAUUUCGACCAUUCGAUUGUUCGUUCCAUUGGUGGCACUAUUAUAUCUUCUUCAUGUAUCUUCCUCUGUAUAUCGCAUUCUAUCUGAGCAUCUUCCUGUGGUGUCUGAAGCCGCCAAUGGAAAUUUAGACUUGUUG